CUCAGCAGAUGACCUCCGGCCCCAUCAGCCGCUGGGUGAGACCACGGGCAAAACCAAUGGGUGGUCUGGUCACUGGUACUACAUCAUGUACCAGUUUCUCACCGUCCACUACUCCGCUCUCCUGUUAAUGGGACCGGUUGGGUCCUACAGUACAACGGCUGGGAAGUCUAACGCGUCGCAAACGCGUUCGGUGUACCUGUUGCUGCCCUUCUACACGGCUGUGGCCUUGUUGAUUAACGGAAUGGCCACGUGGGUGUAUGGAUACCAUAGCCUGCAGCAGUGCUUCUUGGGUUCGGUGUCGGUGAGUGCGUUUGCUAGUACGCGGCUUUUAAAUGGCCAUCUGUAUCUAUGUCUACAUCUUUGA